GAUAUACAGCACGGGGUAAUAUCAUUGUACCGUCGCGUUGUAUUCGAAAACCUGUUGUAAAGACCUCCAUGACAGGAACAUAUUAUUAAUUUGAAAUCAAUUAUUUUCCAAUUAGGCAAGCGAAGAUGAAAGCCACGACUAUUUUUCUUCUGCUGCUGUCAUGGGUUGCAUUCGGUUCAGCUCAGACUACUUCGACAGUCGGUUCAACUCCCGGUUUUUCAAGUGAUGCGAAUACGGUAACUUCGGUUACCGGUUCAACUGGUAUGACUACGGCUAACGUCACGGAGCUCGAGACCACCGCUGGCCUUAACUCAACAACAACGCUACAGCCGACUUCUACCACCACUCCAGAACCAACUGCUUGUACUUUAGCUACAUGGACUGUUUAUGAUAAUGGAAGUGUUUGCAUGAAAAUGUCCUUCGGUGGAACUAUUACAUAUGAAUACAGCGAAAAUAAUGAAACGACAGUGGACAUACCAAAAGUAGCAACAUCUCGCAAUUCAAUUUGCACUGAGAAUAGUUCUAUAUUCGUGAUGUCUUUUCCUUCUGAUGAUGAUAUCUGGCAGCUCCAACUUCACUUCGACAUAGAGGGCAGCAAAUAUCAUUUAGAUAAAGUCGUGUUUGAUUUGAUGACAACGGAAGGUGAUAUCAUCGAUACUCUGAAUGUUACAGGGAAAUUUUUCUCUGUUCCUCUUGGGGAGCAUUAUGUGUGUGAUAGGUUAUCAUUUGAUCUCGGCACUGCUAUGAUAGAGCUAUCUUCGCCCCUCUUCCAACCAUUAGUAGAACAUACUACGGAUGGCUGCGGUCACGCUCAUGAGUGUGAUGAUGAUGAUGAUGAUCCAAACGUUGGCCUCAUCGUUGGUUGUUGUGUCGCGGGAGUUGCAGCUGUAGUUGCAGGGGGGUUCACCAUCUAUCUUAUCAAGAACCGCAAGAAGGAUAGCUACGAUAACAUAUAAGUUUUAUAUUUCAGCUUUAUUUCUGCUCUCGAAGAUAAAUACCAACAAAUCAGUAUGAGCAGUUGAACAUUUGCAAAUGUGAUUUUAAUGAACUUACCAAACAAGACAGAAAUCAA